GAUAAGCCUGGCUAGCGUCAAAGCAGACUGCUAAUAUCAGCUUACAUUAAGUGGAAGUGGAAGUGCCUGUAUUGAGGUGGUCUGCUGCAAUUGCUCGUUUGCCAAUUUCCGUCCAUUUCCGAAUGGGUGCAAAACCAAAGUCGCAAAACCACAGCCACUCGGACAGUUCCGAGAAUUGCAUCACCAAAAACAGUACCUGGGGUCAAGUAACCUAUGCUCCAUCUGCCAAAGACUCUGCUGCUGUGUUAUUCUGAGGGUAAACCGUGGAACAUAGCUGUGGAUAUGUCUGACACUCUUUCUCAAAAUGUUUGGGAUGAUCACAGAGUGAGUCAGUCUAAGGUUGAUUUGAAUUGGCCACAUCCCAUGGCUACAAUUACACCGACUUCGACAAACCCCUGGAGCAUCUCUAAUGAAGAGCAUCCAGAAGUAAAGUCCCUGCUAGUCCUCGAUUCGGCAAUCUCUUCAGUUUAUUACAGUCUCAAACGGAGUGCUACUAUUGUCAAACUAAGUCCUCUAAAAUCACCGUCAGAGCAGCAGAAUUCACCAAACCUCAAUACAGAGAACCAAACUCAUAUGUUCAAAAAUUUAAACUUAUCUACUGGUAUGGAAAUUGAUAAACUUGGCCAAGAUCAGAAUAUUCCAGAAAGCUUCUCAUCUGCUAACGCCAGGAUUGAAGUUUCGGAUGUUGCAGAAGGACCUUGGUUGACAACGACAGGUAACGAUUUGCGAAACAAUCUUCCUAGUGCAAUUUCCCUGAAAACUUCUAUCAAUGAGGAUGAUAAAUCGACGUUAGAGCUAGUUCGCUCUGUAACGGGGCUGUCCUUGCGAAGAGAAUCUCCAUAUACCUCUGACCGACAAGUUUGCCAAUGCUACUCAACGGAAUGUAACUUCGGGGAAGUUUAUCAGAUUUCUCGUCAUUACAUGCACGAUUUCCGUGGUGUGGACUAUCCCAGAUUUGUUACAUGGAGACUCCCCACUAAAAAGUCCAGGGUUACUUUGAAAAUCAACGUUUAUUAUGAAGGGCCAAAGGGAAGAAGAAUACGGUCUAAAUUGAAGCAGUUUCGAACCAAGGUUGCCUCUCUAUGGAACAAUACAAUCCAUUACCUCGAUUACAAGUAUUAAUACUACUUCAUGUUCAUCGUUUUCAAAUUUCAAUUUAAAAUAUAAUUCAAUACAGAACUACGCAAUAUACUUUUGUAUGUAAUGGCAAUGUCAACUAGAUUCAGCCAGAAAUGAAAUCAGAACUAGUACUUAACUCUCAUCAUCACCGUUGUCAUCUCUAUAGCCAUGCUUUCUAAUUUCGCCCAAUCUCUUUCUGGCAGCAUUCAAUUUGUUUUCAAGUUUCAAAAUUUCGACUUGCUGCUCCAUCUCAACCGUCUUACCUUCGUAAGGAGUGAGCUUACUAAG